AUGCUAAUCCCAAGCGCCAACUCCUUUCCAGGAGCUCCUCUGUUGACGAUCAGAAGGGAAUACUUCAUGAAGAUCCUGCGUGGAGACAAAUCUUUUGAGUUUCGUUCAGAUGUGCCAAGACUACGAACACAGCUUCGCUCGAGCUCGAUCUUGGUACUACGGGCUGGGCGUACACCAGGUUUCCCCUACAUGGUUGUUGAGGUUGCCAAGCAGCGGCGUGUCCCACUUGAAGAAGUGAAGCGCUUCCAUGGGGAAGACAUUGGGGAGAUGUUCGACCACCAAACGGCAGUGCUGGGCAUCAAGCUUGGGCGGAUCUUGGAGGUAUGGGACCCCACUGGCUUCCAUUUUUUCCGCUUGGAUUUCGCUUCAAAGAUUUCUCCAGGGAAGCAGCUGAGCUUGACGGAUGAACAAAAGCUGCGCACGCAGCAGGUGCCUCUAUCAUUCAAACCCCAAAACCUGCUGAGACGACAGGUGCGGGCUCUGCCACCGCAAAGCCUUGAAGAAUGCUUUGCCCGACUACCGGCUAUUUUUGGAAUGGCUCGAAAGGCUGCGGGCGAACUGGAAGCUCAUGGGCACAAACCCCUGCUGUGGCAGAACAGGGGAUCACGCUUCACAGGCAUCGGGUCCGCAGAGGAGGUGAUGGCUGUAGUGAACAAAUUCGUCCCCUUGAAGUUCGAAUCAAAGUACAUGUGUGAAAGCGAUGCGGAUUGCCAUGAAUUUCUGCGCCAGCGGUUCGGCUCAUGCUGCAUUCACAAGAAUGUCCUCGACUUGUGGAAGCUGCCUGCGAACUUGAGCAAAAUGAGUUUUGAAGAGAAAAGAAACUUGCUGAAGGCGGGCGGUUCCCAAGUGACACAGAAAGUGGAAUGCGCAAAGCACAAUCGCAAGUGCAGCAUCAAACCAGUUGAGUUUGACCUCUCCGGACAUUGCUGCCGAGAUUAUAGCCCUCAGGGCAAUCAGCAAGGAGUUGAAGGACAGUUUUCUGCCAGCAUGGUUUCUCAUUUCAGCUUCCUGGAGCGGCAGAAGAUCCCAAUACGGGCUUCAGAAAACGUCCUCAGUGAGGAAGGCCAAUCAGCGACAAAGGAUUCCAUGCCUGGCAUGGACACCCGGUUUGUGGUUGUGGCAUGCGAAGAUGCUGGUCUGGGAAGCAUCCGGAGAGACAGGGGAUACUUGUUUGGGCUUUUGCCACCCUACCGGUGGAUAGCGGACCCUCAGAAACUCUACAAUCAGUUUGCAUCGGAAUUGGCACUCCGCCAAGUUCAACAAGAAGCACUUUGGUGCUUUGAUAGUCCAGAGGAGAUGCAAAAGGAGCGCCAAAGUGCUGCGACUCAGAUGCGCAAGUACACUGAAGAUGGAAGUUUGCCACUGGCUUAG